AUGUCUAGCACCAUGCGAUACUCGCGCCCGCCGCAGCGCGACUCCUGGUUCGCGCCACUGUCCAUCGACCUCUUUCUCAAGGUCCUCAACACGACGCUGCUGCACCCCUUCAUCGCCUGGCUCAUCCCGCUGUGCUUCCGCGCGCAGACGGUCAAGUGGGAGGCGCCGCCCAUGGUCAUCUCCAUUGCCUGGGCCAUCUUCAUCACGCUGUGCUGGAUGGCCAGCAUCAUCAACCAGCGCAUCGCCCACGGUAUCCCCCGUGAGGUUGACCUCGGCGAGGAGGUCAUCGUCAUCACCGGCGGGUCCAGUGGCUUGGGCCUGCUCAUCGCCGAGGUGUACGGCAUGCGCGGCGCUUCCGUGGCUGUGCUCGAUGUGAAUGAGAUGGAAAAUACGGAGGCCAGGGGCGUCACAUAUUACAAGUGUGAUGUCAGUGACAAGGCGCAGGUCGCCAAGGUCGCGGGUGAGAUUGAAAAAGAGCUUGGUACACCAACUGUCCUCAUCAACAAUGCCGCCAUUGUCAUCGGCAAGACCCUGUUGGACCUUUCCCUGGAUGAGAUCGACAAAAGCUUUAGCACCAACCUCUUGGGCCCAUUCUACUGUCUGAAGGCGUUCCUACCCGCCAUCAUCCGCAGCGGCAACGGCGGCACCAUCGUCAAUAUCUCGUCUGUGAUUGGCACCGUCGGCGCCGCGCAGUUGACCGAUUACGCCGCGGCCAAGGCUGGUAUCACCGCCAUGCACCGCUCGCUAACCGCCGAGCUGCGCGAGAGCCACCCAGAGAUCCGGACCGUGCUCGUUACCCCAGGCCAGCUGAGCACGCCCCUGUUCUAUGGGGUGCAGACGCCCAACAGCUUUGUCGCUCCCGUGGUGGAGCCAGUCGACGUGACCAAGGAGAUCGUGGCGGCCAUUGACAGCGGGAGGGGCGCGACAGUCGGCAUGCCACUAUAUGCGCGAUGGAUCGACUGGUUCAACGUGCUCCCGGUGGGUGUUCAGGUCAUUGUGCGUGCAAUUGCGGGGGUGGAUAGGGGGAUGAAGUCGUUUGUUGGGAGAGGCAACGACAGUAUCGAGAAGAGUUUGGAAUAG